GAAGCCUUUCUAUUUUCAUCCUCGACGAGGUAAUGAGUGUCUUUAUUCAGUUAUUCCAUGCUCAAGCAUGCUCAGAACAAGCCUUCGAGUACCUCAACAGCCAGGAUACACUGUUCAAAGACGUCGAUCCUCCAGCGCUAUCUCAUUGUAUUGCCAAUGGAAUCAAUGCAACUAUAGACCCACCAACCCCCUGCGCUCCACGCUUACUCGGAGCUACUGAAUGGCGUCUGGAACCCACGGGCGGUUUGCGCCAAUCGCCCUAAGCCUCUACCUAACUUUCUCCUUUUUCUUCCUUUUGCCUUUGAUAUCUCCUAAUAAUCCUUUCCCUUUUUGGCGCCUCUCUACUUUGCUAGCAUGAGUGACUGUCGAUCGAUGGCUAUUUUUUGAUACGGACCAGGGUGUUUCAUGGCGUCUCCUCUUGUUCCCGGCGGCGCUCCGUCAGAGAGCUUUAGUCUCAAUCCUUCCCCUACUCAGGUUCGAAGGAAACCUGUCCCGCAGAAUGUCGAUCUGACCUCCGGACCUGUCCACCCCUCCUCUCCCCUUUCGAUCGAGGGAGAUAAACCCGUUCUCAUUCCCACUGCUCCCGUGGCUAGACCACCAUCCCCUUCGUCGGCGGAUGGAGACUCUUUUAUAUCGGUGCAGAAGAACCCGAAUAGAUAUUCCCGACGAGCCCCUCCGAACCCCCUACAAAUCGAUACCACUGCCUCCCGGCCCCGCUCCACUGCAUUCUUGAGAUCCGUACUCGAAGACGACGACGACGACGACGAAGACGGGCCUGACUACUUUGACGAAGAAUACGAACACCAGUUCACGAAUGGAAUCGCAACCCCCUUGCACAGUCGUCUAGAUAGCGAACCAUUUAUCCCGGUCCUCAAAUCCCCUCCUCCAACACGACGGGCAACGAGUAUGGCGUUGCACCUCCCCAUGAGCCGACCCCCUCUACAUAUCGACGUGGAUCCGCGAUCAAUGUCAAUGAGUGCAACGGAUCCAAGAAACCCAAAGACACCGGGGAACAAAAUCAGUUCUUUUUUUGGCUGGAAGGCGGCGAAUAAUAAUAAUACAGCGACAUCUCCUGGGGCUGAAUCAUCCAGCACUGAGAUCUCAGACUCGGGUCGGUCCACAAUGCCUUCCCCUAUGCCACCAUUAGCAAAUGUCCCUAUCAAACCUCCUUCCCCCUAUGAUACCAAGACCAAUGGCUACAGCCUCCCGGUGCGGACUCCAUCGGUGGGGUCUGGGAGUUUAAAGGAGAAUAUAUUUGUGUCCAAAAUGGCGGACCUUGAGAAUGAAUUACGAGAAAUAAGUUCCGAAUUGGCAGGGUCUAUACGUCGAGAAAUGGAGCUGGAGGAUCUAGUUGAACGAUUACAAUUAGAAGGACCGGAUUCCAAUCGCCGGACCAGUGACUAUUUCUCGGAUUCCGGGACUAGUUCUGUUCGAUAUGCUUCAGACGCUGGUCGGACGGAAGAUAUUGAGAAGAUCCGUCGUGCUGCGGAGCAAGAACGGGCUCAACUCAAGCUAGAUCUGUCACAAAAGCUGCAAGAAGAGCGGUCUAAACGGACAGCAUCUGAAUCGCAUGUUCAAAUUUUGGAGACUCAAGUUCAACAGCUUCGACGUGACAGAGUCGAUUUGUCUGAUAUGUCAUCUAAAACUAAAGAACUUGAGACCGCUCUGGAAAACACCAAGCGCAAGUUACUUGAGGAGAGGCAGUCCAAGGACAACUUUGAAGACUUGCUUACUGCCAUGCGAGUCGAGCUUGAACAGUUGCGCAACGACCGAGAUGAGCUGCGAGAUAACAACAAGCUCGCUGAAGAAAUCGAGGCUCUUAAGAUCGAAAAUGCCUCUCUGGCCCAGCUACAGGGCGGUCGAUUCGCUUCGAUCGCCGAGGAAGGUGGUUCACCGAGGAACUCAGCAUUUGGAUUAUCACGAUCAAACUCCCUUGCUCGCAAGCCUAGCGGCCUCGCCCGUUCAGGCUCCCUUUCUCGAUCCAACUCCCUUUCCAACAACGGAGGCAAAUCACCAGAAACACGCGAGUCGUUGGUAGACAAAGUCAACGACAUCGAGGUCCAACGCGAUUUCCUUCACCAGACAUUGCGAAGCCUGCUCGAUCGUCAAGCAUACCAGGCCCGUGAAUACGAGAAGCGGACCCGUAUGCUUGAGAUGGAGCUUGCUCGGGCCCAGCAAUCGGGCCAGCCCCGGAGGCUGGGCUAUCAGAGAGAGGUUUAUAACCUGCGUGAUGAAGUCAACCAUCUACGCAUGCGCGCUGAAGAUGCUAUGGAUGGCAAGUGGCAGUGCGAGAAGAACCUUGCUGGUCUCAAGAUGGAUUUGGACCGUGCCGAGCAAGAGACCAGCUCCCUGCGCGUCCUUCUCCAGGAGGAUACUGCCGUAUCUGACGAAUCAAAUCCCGACCAAGGGGAUUUCGCUGCUGUCAUGGCUACAUCCUCUUCUCUGAAAUCUGCCUACCAGCAAUUGCAGGCCGAUAGGGCAGCGGCCGAGGCGAAUGUCGCCAACUCGGAAGAGCUUUCCUCUUCCCUUGCCCGUGCAGAGUCCCUAGCCAACAAGGUUCAUUACCAGCUUCAGAACAACACAUCUCUGCACGCCCGGUUAGCAGAGGCUAUUGACAAGGGUGACAACGAUCAGAAGAUCUCAGUCAACCGAAUCAACGUUUUGCAGAACCGCAUGAAGGAACUGGAGGACGUCCUGUUGGUUGCCCAGCAAAACUCCGAAGAGGAGAUGGGCAAGCAUGAGGAAGAAGUCCGCCUCUUGAGAGAGAGCCAGAAUGCCCAGCUCACGCGUAUGAAGAACGGAGGCCGUAACCUCGUUGGCCUUUCACCGAAGCCACCGAGUACACCCUUCGACGCCCGCUCACCGCGUCUGGAUCACACCUCGAGCGGUGAGGGUGUCCCCUUGACUGAUGUUGUCCAGGCUGAGGUCCUCGAACGUCGAGUCAAAGAUCUCGAGAAGCUUCUCCGCGAUGCGGAUAUGGAGAUGGAGGAAGUGGUUGGACGAAUGAACCGCACACAGAUUGAUGUGGCCCAGCUUCAAACUGACAGAGAGGAUUCUCUCCGCCAGACCCGCCAACUCCAGGCCGAGAUCCAAGCGGAGCGUGAUGCCCUGAAGUCGCUCAUCAACGCCUUAUAGAUCUCGCGCAUUGCACUUUUCUGUUCUUACUAUACCACAUCUGCAUCUGCAUCUAUACUCCCAUCCACCGUGAUCGUGUCGAGUCCCUGGUGUCUUGGAGUUUCGCCCGGAGUAUUUUCGGGUUCAAUUUUGGAUUUUUUCCCCCUUCGAUAUGUGAAGUUUAUGCGCGUGGCAUCGUGCUGACCGUGCCCAGGCUCGGGCUUUGGCGUUGGUCUAUUUAUACAGACCGGAUUGGCGGUGGACUAUGGUCAUGCUUGUAUAUAAAAACCGUCUUUAUCUGGGUAAAUAUUUAAUCGAAU